UAUACUACUACUAAUAAAAGUACUACUACUACUACUGCUAAUUCUACUACUACUAGUACUACUAUUACUACUAGUACUACUACUAAUACUACUACUAGUACUACUACUACUCCUAUUACUACUACUACUAUUCCUACCAAUACUAAUACUACUACUAAUAGUACUAAUAUUAUUACUAGUAUUACUAACACUACUACUACUACUAGUACUCCUAAUAAUAGUACUAAUAGUACUACUAAUAAUACUACUACUACUACUAGUACUCCUCCUACUACUACUACUAGUACUACUACUAAUACUACUACGACUAUUAGUACUACUACUACUAGUACUACUUCCACUAGUACUACUACUAAUACUAGUACUAAUACUACUACUACUACUACCAGUACUACUACCAGUACUACUACUACUACUAUCACUGAUACUACUACUACUAUUGCUACUACUAGUACUACUACUACUAGUGCUACUACUACUAAUACUAGUACUAUUACUACUACCACUACUACUAGUACUACUACUACUACUAGUACUAGUACUACUAGUAUUACUACUACUACUUUUCUACUAGUACUACUUAAUACUACUACAACUUCUAGUACUACAAUUAAUACUAGUACUACUACUACUACUACAACUAAUACUAGUACUACUACUACUACUAGUACUAGUACUACUAGUACUAAUACUACUACUAUUACUAAUAUUACUACUAAUACCACUAGUACUACUACUAGUACUACUACUACUACUACUAGUAACACUACUACUACUUCUAGUACUACUACUAAUACUAGUACAACUACUACUACUACAAAUACUACUAAUAAUACUACUACUAAUAUUACUACUACUACUACUACCAGUACUUCUACUAGUACUACUAAUAAUAGUACAUGUACUGAUACUACUACUGAUACUACUAGUACUAAUACUACUACUAGUACUACUACCACUACUACUACUACUACUACCACCAAUACUACUACUACUAGUACUAUUAGUAGUACUACUAAUACUACAAGUACUACUACUAGUACUAGUAUUAUUACAAUUACUAGUACUACUACUACUACUAGUACUACUACUACUACUAGUACUACUACUACUAUUACUAAUAAUACUACUACUACUAGUACUAAUACAACUACUACUACUAGUACUACUACUACUACUACUAGUACUACUACUACUAGUACUACUACUAGUACUAUGAGUACUACUACUACUACUACCAGUACUAAUAACACGACUACGACUACUAGUACAACUACUAGUACUACUAGUAAUACUACUACUACUACUAGUAGUAAUAAUACUAGUAAUACUACUACUACCAGUACUACUACUACUAGUACUACUACUAAUACUACUACUAGUACUACUACUAGUAUACUACUACUAAUAAAA